GCGUUAUUGACCAACUCAGCAAAUCGUGAGAAGAUGGCGGCAAACACGAACGGGAAGAGAUCGUCCUGCAACGAUUCGGACCUGGACUGCAACGAGAAGCGGCGCACGCGGGCUCAAACUAGGAAAAUCCGUUCCGAGAUUUUUGAGAAUCCGUCGGCGACAAACAUGACGUUUAUGACGUGGGACGUUGACCCCAUCAUCACACAGCACAUCUACGAUGACCUGGGCGUGCGGGAGAUCCUGGUAGAGGACGACUGCGUAGAGAAACUCCGUCCCACCCCUCCCAUCAUGGUCAACAAUGGACUCUUCCCUCCUAAGCCCCGUAAGUGUGAGACAGUCCAUUCCCACCCGGGGGAGAGCAGACUUCGCCCCCAGCAGAAGACCACGCCCUGUCGCUGGAUGUCCCAGAAGCAACACAGGCAGAAAAUUGAUGCAACAGCAGGUCAAGUUCCCUGGGAGAGAUUGUCAGAUGAGCUGCUCCUGUCAGUCUUCAGCUGGCUCAACAAACGGGACCUGUCCAGGUGCAUGAUGGUCUGUAGCAGAUGGCACAACGUAGGUUUGGAUGAAUCUUUGUGGGGAAGAAUAGACCUGUCAGGAAAGUCCCUGCGGCCUGCAGCUCUAGGCUAUUUGGUGGCCCGAGGGGUGACUGUUCUGAGGCUAGCCAGAACGGAUGUCUGCUCCCCAGUCUUCCAUGACGAGAUGGGACUCAACUGUAUGUCUGUCCAGGAAUGUCCCCUGAAGCUGCAGUACUUGGACCUGUCCAUGUGUAACAUUGAGGUGUCGUCUGUGAAUGAGGUCCUGCGACUGUGCAGCAGACUGGUCAAACUGAGCCUGGAGUCAUGCAGUGUGUCAGGGGAGACACUCAGGUACAUUGGGCAGUGUUCAGACCUGGACACACUAAACCUGGCCAUGUGUACAGGUAUAGGGGAGGACCAUGAGGCUAUGGCUUACAUGAUGCAGCAGUGUAACAAGCUGACGAGUCUGAAUAUUGCAUGGACGAAUCUCAACUACCCCACUCUAGCCGCUGUUGUAAGCAACCUACCAAGGAGUCUUGAACACCUGAACCUGAGUGGAUUCAGAAGUCUGCUGACUGAUGAAGCUGUGUAUAUGGUGGUGCAGAGAUGUCCAGGUCUUAUUGAGUUAGAUGUCAGUGACAGUAGCUUGCUGACUCCCACCACCCUGGAGACUCUCAUCAAUGGACUCCAGUCUGUCAGACACCUGGCACUCAGCCGCUGUUAUCACAUCAACACAGCAUACCUAGUGAACCUUGGUGCCAUGCCCAAGCUGGCUACGUUAGAAGUCUUCGGCAUCUUGUGUGAGAUCGGCAUUGCUAACCUGAAAGAACUCCUCCCUCGCGUGAAGGUGAACACUCGUCUCUUCAGCACGGUGGCUCGUCCAACCACAGGCUACCGCUGGACAUCCAUAUGGGGACUCAAGUGUCCCAAUAUGUAGGGCCAAAGGCCUUUUAGAAAUCACUCACGUAGCAAAAUAGAACUAAAGGUCGCAGUCAUUUGAGCAUUACAUCUAGGUAGAGAAAAACUGUUUGGAGCCUUUCCUGAUCUUGCCAUACAAUAGGUUGUGUAUGCAGGGCU